UGACCUGUGAGCGGCUCUCGCCUGCGCAUGCGUAGAGCGGGGUCUGUUUAAGUCGUCCUCUGCCAGGUGACGCCAGUCUUCCAGAUGAGUUUGGCCCGCAGUCAUGCUCGUUCUGAGGCUGACUUGUUUCUUGAUUCUGACCGGUCUCAGGAUUUCUACAGUCUUGAGCCAGUCCUCUGGAUGUCUCCCUGACCAGUGGCAAUGUGAUGAUGGGAACUGCAUUCCUGAUGUCUGGAGAUGUGAUGGUGGCGGCGAUUGUCUGGAUGGAUCUGAUGAGAUGGAUUGUGAUGCUUCCUCAGGAUCUCCAUUAUGUCCACCCGGUCAUUUCCCCUGCCUUGACACUGUUGGCUGUGUAGCAGCAUCAGCUCGCUGUGAUGGUCAGAAGAAUUGUCCAACUGGUUCUGAUGAAGAGAACUGUCCAGUCACUGAGGAUUGUUUGGACACUGAUUGGACAUGUGGAAACCAUGCGUGUGUUUUAAAAGAGCUGCGUUGCAAUGGACAGGAUGACUGCAUGGACAAUUCUGACGAAGCAAACUGUGUCAGUUGUGAGGCAAAUGGCGUCCAGUGUCCUGAUGGCAGCUGUCUGCCUGCUCAUGAAAGAUGUGACAAGACAGUACAGUGCUCUGAUGGCAGUGAUGAACCUGUAACUUGUGGCCGCACCUGCGCUGUAAAGAAUGGAGGCUGCAGCCAUGUGUGUGUCGAUGAACCCUGGGGAGCUCGGUGUGCCUGUCCUGAUGGAUUUAAACUGUCCUCAAAUGGAGCCAUCUGCAUCGAUGUCGAUGAGUGCUCCCUUCCUUUUCCUCCAUGUAUGCAGCUCUGCGCCAACACACUGGGAUCAUUCUAUUGUCAUUGCAGAGAAGGCUUCCUGCUACAAGGAAAUUCAACAUGUCAGGUCACAGGUAAUUCGACCAGACUUCUGACUGUGCAGAAGCGAACAGUCGUCCUGCUGGAUGUAAAAACACGACAACUGAAAUCAAUUGGCGUACUGCAGUUUGACCCGGUGGCCUUAACAUUUGACAUUGCACGAGGCUUGUACUACUGGGCUGAUGAGCAAGGCACUCUUUACAAGAGCAAUGGACAACAAACCUCAAUUAUCCACAAAGGGCAGUGGGGAAUUAGCAGUCUAGCUUGUGACUGGCUCACCGGCAACCUUUUCUGGACUAAUCCAAAGAAAGAGUCAAUCUAUGUGUUGGGUGCGGACGGGUUGAGUUACACCACGGUGCUGAGUAAAAACGUCAGCCCGAAAGAGUUGGUUGUUUUACCGGUGGCGAGCUCAAUGUCAUGGAUCAAUGCUGGUCCUGGUGAUCGAGUGACGAUUGAGAAGUCUUGGCUGGAUGGAUCAAGUAGACAAACUCUUGCGGUGCUCACAGGUCAAUCUGCUCACAGCCUCGUGGCAGAUGUGGCUGCCAGAAGACUGUAUUGGAUCAGUGAUAUUAAGCAGUCAGUAGAGACAGUAAGGCUGGAUGGCAGUGGACGCUACUCCUUUGUGGGAUUGUUCAGUGGGAACCCGCCAAUGGGCUUAGCUGUUUUUGGAAACAUGUUCUACUGGGUGGAUGACCAAGGAAUGUGGCAGGCUCCUCAAAACUUGCCAGGUCUAAAGAAAUUUCUGUGGAAAUCCACCCAGGCCGUUUUCACAGUUUUCCAUGAGCUUCAGCAGCCACAAGGUACAUCUGCGUGUGCGAUGACAUGUGACAUCUGCUUGCUCACUCAAGGGAACCCAACUGGAUUCGCCUGCACUUGUCCAAGCACUCAAGUUCUGCUGCCCGAUGGUGUAUGUCGGUUUCCCAGGUUUGUUUAUGCCACCAUUAGCAACAUUAAAUUGUUAGAGUUCAGAGGCAGUGAGGUCAUAGACCAGCAACUGUUUGACACAGACGAUGGCAUAUUGUGUUUCGAUGUGGACUGGUACAGAGGGUGGAUAUAUUGGGCCAACCAAACUGGCCAUGUGCAGCGUGUGGGCACAACACAGCAGGUCACAGAAAUCAUCCCACUGCCUUUGCCAGUUUGUAUCAUUGCAUUGGAUCAGAGGACUGGUGAUCUUUUUUGGGUGUCAUGUGAUCAAAAAGUCAUAGGCACCACCAACGCUAAGAAUGGUUUAUCACGGCAUCUGUACCGCACAGAAAAGGAGAUUCGGAACCUUUAUCUGGACUGGCUUAGAGGCGGAAUUCUCUGGCUUGAAGAUGAGCAAAUCAUGGGCAUGAAUAUUAUCGGUGGUGAAGCAAAGGAACUUCUGCAGUUGUUAGCUCAGACGAAUAUUGCCUUUGACCUCAGUGCCAAUAGUCUCCUUUGGAACUCGAAAAAUGCGGGCUUAACCACAUUGAGCUUGCUGAAUGAGAAAACACAUGUAGCUGGAAGGAGGUGGAACAUAUCCGGCUCUGUCAUGUGUGCUUUUGAACCUUUCCUGCUGACCCUUUCUGGUGACACCAUGACCCUCUGGGACCGCCGUGAUGGGAACCCUGUUGUUCGUGCACCUGUCAAAGGCGAAGUGUUGAAUGUUAUUCCUGUUCUCAGAGACAUAUCAGUUCCCGAGGCCUCCUUCUGCAAGGAACCAUCCAUGCUGUGCAAGGGAACUUCGAUUUGCCUUGAACGCAAUCGACUAUGUGAUGGGAGAAUGGACUGUCCUGCUGGGGAUGAUGAAGAGUUUUGCAGGACUGCAUGCCCAUCAAAAGAUGAUUUUCAAUGCAUGGACGGUCGGAGCUGCAUAUCCAACAUGCUUGUGUGUGAUGGCCGCUCUCAUUGCCGUGAUGGUUCAGAUGAGGUCAACUGUCCGCCUGCAGUGCCCACUGAAAUCCAAGCAAAUGCCCUGAAGUGUCGUACCGGUUUAAAGCUUUGUAAUGAUGGCCUGCAAUGUGUUUUAUACAGUCAUGUAUGUGAUGGAGAGAAUGACUGUAAGGAUGGAUCUGAUGAACUUGGAUGUGAUGCUACACAAGCUCCGACCACAGUAAAUGUAAUUCCCAUCCCAACGACUACAUUCACAACUCUUCCUGCAUGUCUCAGCCCGUCGGUGCUUUGUCCGCAAACAUCUCUUCACCUCUGCAUUUCCCCAAACAAGUUUUGUGAUGGCAUCAAAGACUGUCCCAAUGGAUUUGAUGAAGAAAACUGUUUGAAAAGAUGUCCCUCUAAAAAUGAUUUUCGCUGCAAGGAUCGUCGAAGCUGUGUUCCCAAAAGUCUAGUUUGUGAUGGGCGCUCUCAUUGUCACGAUGGAUCUGAUGAAGUCAACUGUCGGCUCACAAUACCGCCUCCUCCCCAACCAAGUAGUCUAAAGUGUCGCAUGGGAACCAAGCAUUGUCGAGACGGUAGUGAAUGUAUUUUAAACAGCCAUGUUUGUGAUGGCGAGAAGGACUGCAAAGAUGGCUCUGACGAAGAGGAAUGUGAGGCUGUGGAGCCCUCCACCUCAAAUAUGACCGCUGAUCUUGACUUGAUACCAAUAACCACUGAACCUAACCCUAUAACUCCAUGCACCAGUCCUGCAGUUUUGUGUCCUGGUACGCAUUUAUGCAUCGCACCAACUCAGCUGUGUGACGGCGUGAAAAACUGUCCUGACGGAUCUGAUGAGAACUGUGUGAGGGGAUGUGCUGAGAAAAGUGAUUUUCUGUGUGAAGACCGUCUGAGAUGCGUAUCCAGAGAUCUUGUUUGUGAUGGCCGCUCUCACUGCCAAGAUGGCUCAGAUGAAGUCAACUGUCAGAGUUUAACCACUCCGGCACCUCGGUCAAACGUUUUCAGAUGUUAUGUGGGAUCACGACUGUGUCAGGACGGCACACGUUGUGUUCUGCUGAGUCACGUUUGUGAUGGAGAAAAAGAUUGCCCUGACGGAUCAGAUGAAACUCAUUGUGGGGACACUGCCACUGUCACUGCUGAGCAACCUACAUCCAAACCAUCAACAACAGUCAGGCAGAUUUUUAUGUCUUCUACUUCUCCACCGUGCACUAGUCCCUCAGUUCUGUGUCCUGGCUCUUCUGUAUGCAUCAAACCAACUCAAAUGUGUGAUGGAGUGAAAGACUGUAUUGAUGGAUCAGAUGAGAAAUGUGUGAAGAGAUGCCCGAAUAGAGAUGAUUUCCGGUGUAAAGACCGUCGGAGCUGCAUCUCCAGAGAUCAAGUGUGUGAUGGCCGCUCUCAUUGUAACGAUGGAUCAGAUGAAGCGGGCUGUCAAGGUUUGCCCACCCCAGGGCCUCGCACAAAUGCCCUGAAAUGUCGUCUGGGUUCCUGGCUGUGUCAAGAUGGAAGUGAGUGUAUUCUACAUAGUCACGUUUGUGAUGGGGAGAGAGACUGUCAAGAUGGGUCGGAUGAAGGAACAUGUGACUCUGCAUAUACAACCAAUCCGACUUUGUCACCCGCUGAACCGGUUACUCAGCCUCCCUGCACCAGUCCAUCAGUUCUGUGCCCAGGCUCCUCUUUAUGCCUCCAUCCAGCUCAGAUAUGUGACGGAACGAGAGACUGUCCCGAUGGGUAUGAUGAAAACUGUGUCAGUAAAUGUCCCAACAAAAGAGAUUUCCACUGCAAAGAUCGUAGGAGUUGUAUUUCGGCCAGUCUGGUGUGUGAUGGACGCGCUCAUUGCCUUGAUGGCUCAGAUGAAGUUGACUGUCCUCCCGUCUAUUCCGCUGGUUCUCGAGCAAGUACAGUGAAGUGUCGUUUGGGUUCAGUCCCCUGUCGUGACGGUAGUGUUUGCGUUCUUCAAAGUCAUGUUUGUGAUGGAGAGAAAGACUGCAAAGAUGGAUCGGAUGAAGCAGACUGUGAUGUUGCAGAAAAGGCCCUGGAUACAGUUACUGAUGACACCACAUCCUAUGUCAAGCCACUCAACCCGCCUGUCACCAAGCUGCUGUGCACUGGUUCCUCAAUCCUUUGUCCGGACUCAUCAUCAUGCAUCCUCCCCUCACAGCAGUGUGAUGGCAAAAUGGACUGUAGUGAUGGCUCAGAUGAAAAAAGGUGCCCAGAUAUCACUCGUCCAGGUUCACAAGAACCUGUCCUUACAUGCCGACUUGGCACAAGGCUGUGCGGCGACGGAUCAGAAUGCGUUUUGAAUAGUCAUGUGUGCGAUGGCGAGAAAGACUGUCCAGAUGGCUCAGAUGAACAAGGCUGUCAAGAAUCCUGCAAAAAAGGUGAAUUUCAGUGUGCGCAUGGGAAGAUGUGCAUCCCAGACGCCCAGGUUUGUGAUGGGAGGACUCACUGUAGAGACGGGUCAGAUGAACUGGACUGUAUCAACCCAAGUAAGAGCUGUGAGCAUCGGUGUGCUGAUGGCAAGCGGUGCAUCCCCAAGAAAUUUCUGUGCGAUGGUGAAAAAGACUGCCUUGAUGGCUCUGAUGAGCUGGGCUGUGAUGGCGUGACUGUUGCACCAACACCAGCCUUGGCCACCGAUCCAGCAGUAUGUGUGAGUCCAUCGGUUUUUUGCCCAGGCACUUCAGUCUGCAUUUCUCAAAAGCAAAUCUGUGAUGGAAAUCGCGACUGUCCAGAUGCUUUUGAUGAAAGUAACUGUGUGGACAGCUGUAAAAACACAGAUGAAUUUCUGUGCAGUGACCGACGCAAGUGUAUCUCGAGGAAAUUUGUGUGUGAUGGACGUGCCCAGUGUUUUGAUGGGUCUGAUGAGAACCGUUGUGAAGAAGAUGAACCUACCACUCCGUUUCCCAGCGUGGGCAGCACCAAUUCAGCCCCGGUUAAAUGCCGCAAAGGUUUCAAACCUUGUAGCGAUGGUCUGGAGUGUGUCAUGUAUAGUCAUGUCUGUGAUGGAGAAAAGGACUGCCAAGAUGGAUCAGAUGAAGAUGGAUGUGUUUCUGCUUGCAAAUCAGGUGAGUUCCAAUGUGCUCAUGGAAACAGAUGCAUCCCAGAGCAGCAGGUCUGUAACGGAGAGAACGACUGUCAGGACCGAUCCGAUGAAAUGAACUGUCAACGCUUGAUUGACGGCUGCCAUCAGCUCUGUGACAAUGGCACCCGCUGUAUUCCAAAAUCAUUUCUUUGCGACGGCGAGAGAGACUGCGCUGAUGGGUCAGAUGAGAAAAAGUGUGGCCUUAUAGCCUGUGCUUUUGACCAGUACCGCUGCAUGAGUGGUCAGUGUGUCUCGGAGGGACUGAAGUGUGAUGGAUAUUCUGACUGCAGUGACCAUUCAGAUGAAAUGCAUUGUGCAAGGCCUCCAAACUGCCCGUCACAGCUGCUCUGCCCAAACGGUCACGAGUGCCUGCAAAGAGAGUGGCGCUGCGAUGGUGAAGAGGACUGUGACGACGGUUCUGACGAGAAGAACUGUAUCAUCACUCCAGUGAGGUGCAGAGACUACCAGUGGCAGUGUGACAACAGUAAUCAAUGCAUCCCUCUGUCAUGGCAUUGUGAUGGAAAAAGGGACUGUGUCAAUUUUGUGGAUGAGGAAAAUUGCAGUCUGGAGAAGUGUCCUGCCCACCUGUACCAGUGUGACAGUGGAGAGUGUCUGGACCCUGGACUGGCAUGCAAUGGUAUCACCAACUGUGCAGACAUGUCCGAUGAGGGUUCGGGAUGCAACGUGCACAAUUGCUCCAGUUACUUUGCCCCUCUGUGUGACCAGCACUGUGUCAGCACUCCUAAUGGGCCGAAGUGUUUCUGUAAAGAGGGUUACAAGCUCUUCUCUACCAGAUACUGUGUGGAUAUGGAUGAAUGUGAAGAGCUGCCACAUGCUGUGUGCAAACAUAUCUGCAUCAACACACCUGGUUCUUACACUUGCCAUUGUCAUCCUGGUUUCUACCUGGAGCCUGACAACAAAAGCUGUAAAGCGGAAGAUGAGGCAUUACUGUUGGCGUCUGUUCAGUCAGAAUUGCUGCUGUUGGGGGUCCAUAGCAGAAGCUUGCGUCUCUUCUCCUCUGCAACUCGGCCUGUCUUCUCUCUGGAUUACCACUGGAGUCAGCAAAGGGUGUACUGGUUGAGCCCUGAUUACCAGAGCGUACGAUGGGCUGACAUGAACUCAAGUAAAAAAGGAACACUAAUUCAAGGAGUGAAGGCGGAUUUUAUAGCAGUGGACUGGAUUGGAAAGAACCUUUACUGGAUUGAUGGUCUGGUGGGUCAGAUUCUGGCGGUGCAGCUCCGUGAUGUCACAGUUGGAUCCCAUAACUACACUGUGGUGCUGGGAGAAGACUUGGAGCAUCCAAGUUCACUGGUCCUCCUUCCACACAUGGGGUUGAUCUUCUGGUCUGAGAUUGGCAGCAGACCCCAGAUUAGGCGCUCAGGGAUGGAUGGAUCAAGUAAGAGGGUGAUAGUCAAUCAUGGGUUAAGUUGGCCUGUUAGCUUGGCUUCUGACCUCCUGGACAACCGGUUGUAUUGGGCUGAUGAGAAGAUGCACAGCAUUGGCUCUGCCUCUUUCGAGGGAGAGAAUGUCAAGAUCCUUCAGAUGGUUGAAACUCCAAGCCCGUUCUCUGUUGCUGUGUUCAAUGAUCGGCUUACCUGGUCUGACACGAAGAGAAGAACCAUCCGCUCUUCUGAUAAAAACACAGGGAAAGACCAGAAGGUUCUCUUAAAGAGACCUGGCCAGCCCUUCGGAAUAAAGCUGAUGCAUCCGCUGUCCCAGCCACUCAUCGUGAACCCCUGUGACAAGCUUCGCUGCUCCCACCUCUGCCUCCUCGUUCCAGCUAGGGGUCUCUCAGGCAUACCAAAGUCAGCGACAGCGUCCGAAGUAACAGAAGUUACUGCAGCUUGCCGCUGUCCGAAGGGGCUUCUACUUUCAAAGAACAACAGAACAUGCUCUUUACCUCAGGAAUCGACCUUCAUCUUACUUUUGUCGCCCAACGCCAUCUACCAAAUUUAUCUUCAGUCGAUGCAUCGAGAUGGAGUUGGGCUGAAAAAGAUUCCCAACUGCAGCGUGUUGUCCAUCCCUGGUGUGGUUGAGGCCUCUUUCAUGGAUCUUUCACACGGUCAACGUUUGUACAUAGCUGAUGGUUUUCAUGGAGCAGUGGAGGCCUUUAAUCUGACUGGCCCCUGGUCAAGACAACGCCUGACACCCACUGGCCGCAUUUUUGAACUACAUGACGAUUCAGUCACUGCCAUAGCAGUUGACUGGGUGACCUCCAACCUCUACUGGAGCAGCAGUAAUCACCCUGGUAUACAUGUGACCUCCAGUUCUGAUGGAAGCACUGCCCCACUGUUGCAGGGAUCGCUGAAGGCGACGACAGCCAUAGCAGUGCACCCUCCGACAGGUCGACUCUGCUACUCCUCAACGGUCAGUUUAGGGGGUAAAAUCCAGGCUGAGAUCUGCUGUGCUGGGAUGGAUGGUCGUGGAAAAGUGGUUUUAUGGAGGAACUCUAGCCCAACAUCACUUUCCUUCUUCAACAGGGGAACCAUGAUCUACUGGAGUGACCAUAGUCAUAGCACAAUCUGUUCAAUUGGAGUGGAUGGCUCAGGCUAUAAGGAAUUUAGCACCAGCCCGGGUUUGCUUAUCUCUUUCACAUAUGUUGAAAAUAUCCUCUUCUGGCUCACUCAAGAUAAAGGUGUGACUAAGCUUUGGUUCAGUGAUGGACAACAACCUAAACAGCUGUGGUUUGAGACCAAAAAUACCUUACAAGUACUUAAGUCGCACAGCACUGACUCGCAAAUUGGAACCAACAUGUGCUCCAAAAAUAAUGGGGGGUGUGCUCAGUUGUGCCUGGCUUAUCCGGGUGGCCGCACAUGCAGGUGUGGCAGAGGGUUCUUCAGUGUAAACGUCACCUCCUGUUUUCCCAUGCCGACCUGCGCCGUUGGUAAACAACCAUGUGUCGAUGGCAGCAAAUGUAUUGGCAGUGGGUUAUUUUGUGACGGACGUGUGGACUGUCCCGACCAGUCAGAUGAACAGGACUGUCCAGAUGAAAAAGUCUCUACUUCUGUGACCAAACUCAGCAAGGGAGGUCAUCCCAGGACUUGGCAACAGGGAUCUGCGUCUUGUGGUACUGAAGCUUGCAAUGGUCAUGGAGAGUGUGUGAUUGAAGGAGAGACCCGUCACUGCCGAUGUGCGGCUGGUUACACAGGAGAGUUCUGUCAAGAUACAGAAGGCGGACGUGGCUACACCGCUGCCAUCCUUGCCGUCAUCUUUGUUGUCGGUGCCGUAUUGGGGGCAACGUAUAUAAUCGUGAAAAGGAAAAUAUGGGAGUCUUUCUGGACCAGAGCCCCAGAUAAAGAAAAUCUAAUGACAAAUAUGGGCCUGCCAUGUGAGCAACAUGACGUGGACUUUGAGGAACUGGAGUCCCAAGUGGACCAAAAGAAUGUCCGCAUCAGUUAGUCACUGCAGUAGGGCUGCAUACAUUGUCAUGAGAUGAAGAUUUUAAAAUAAAAGUAAAAUGCUAACCUUUAAAGUUGUCGACUUGUGACUACGCUGCUGACUUGGUCGUAUUUCAACCAGACACCAAAGAUGCUUUACCGCGCUUAAACAAGUGAAGUUCUGAAUGACUUGGCAUUAACCUUAAAAUGCCAGUGAGAAGGUCUGAUUUUGCAGAACAUGCUGGCCUUGACGUAUUUGUAACAGCUCUGUUGUUGAACAGGAACAGGCCAAACUGAAUUGCACACUGUUGUGGGCAGCCGUUCAACAAAUGACCUGAUGAUUGAAUAGUGAGGGCAAGUCAAGUCAUGCAUGCUCCUCUGAACUCCUCCCUCCGCUGUGGCUUGUCAAUCCCAGCAUGCCAUGCUGCCCUUCUUUGUGUGAUUUUACUGUUGGUCCCUCAUACAGUUAAACCUAUACACACAGCUUCUAGUGCCUGUGGGGGACCUCCAUCCUUUAAUGGAGGUGGUGGGGCCAGUUAUCGUGAUGAUUUUCCUAUCAAAACGCUUCAAAUACAUGAGUUGCAAAUUAACCCAUUAAGCAAGUCAAUCCUGUCAAUAUCAAAUGUGGAAUUUGUUUUGCAACAAACUCCUCGUUUCCGCAUGUAAGGAAAUUCGCCUACACCAUGUUAGUCUGUCAAAUUGUGUUUUGUAUUUCAACUAAUAAAGCCGCAUAAUCAACACCCGUUCUUCCUGCAAUGGGAAAAUUUGAAUGAAGAAGGAAGAUGGGUCAUUGUCUCUGGCAGGUAAGUCCGAAACCGCUGCAUGAAAUGGUCCAGAAAUCUGGU